GAUUACAGUUAUAAAAAUGGUCCCAAUUGUGGAAGGCCAUGUCGUGUUUUAUGACAUCCAAAACCUGCUCAGGCUUAUAAAGCCCACACACCAUCACCAAUACUGUUGUAAACUGAAGACACAAAAAUGGCUGGGCUACUUUAUAUUUCUGUGUUUGUGAUUCAGCUGUGGGCUUCACAGGGUUCGAACCUGGAACCUCCUGUUUCAUCUGUAAAAAGUUCCCCAAUACUGACUCCUCCCGUUUCGAUUCUGUUAGCCCCCUUUUCACUGGAAGGAGGUCAACUUCCUCAAAUAAAAGCUCCAGAACCAGAAACAAAAACAGAAGGGCAUACAAAGCGUUACCAUGAAAUUGUGAGUGAAGGUGCUUUUGCAGGAAUAAUUUUUGGCAUUCUGUUCGGGGUGUUCUUCGCCGCUGGAGCUAGAUAUAUUUAUGUCACUCGUAAAAUCAAUAUCAGGAGGAGUAACUCUAUCAGAGUUGCUGUUUAAUGAAGCCUGUAAUACCUGUUCUUUCCUGUUUUGUUCUUGUAUUGUUUAUGGGAGUCGAACCCUGGUCUACCUGGUCCGUUGAAUAUAUCUAGAUAUUUGGAGUUAGGGUUGUAAGAAGGGCCAAUGGUAUAUGUCUUUUUCGCUGUACUUGUUCAACCAGUUGGUAAUGGUGGUAAUUUGGAUAUUUAGUGUAAUAAAUUAUUUGUUUUCAGA